GCGGCCUCGGUUUGUGUAUCGCACGGUCAUGGCCCGCCACCUCGUGCUCUGCAACGGCGCCAAGAUGCCCGUCCUGGGGCUGGGCACUUGGAAGUCCCCUCCGGGCAAAGUGACGGAGGCCGUGAAGCAGGCGAUUGACCUUGGGUACCGCCACAUCGACUGUGCCCACGUGUACCAGAAUGAGAACGAGGUGGGGGAGGCCAUCCAGGGGAAGAUCAAGGAGCAGGUGGUAAAGCGUGAGGACCUCUUCAUCGUCAGCAAGCUGUGGUCCACGUACCAUGAGAAGAACCUGGUGAAGGGCGCCUGCAAGAAGACACUGGGUGACCUGAAGCUGGACUACCUGGACCUCUACCUUAUCCACUGGCCAGUCGGUUUCAAGCCCGGGAGCGAGUUCUUCCCGUUGGACGGGAAGGGCAACGUGAUCGCCUCCAACACGAGCUUUCUGGACACGUGGGAGGCCAUGGAAGAGCUGGUGGAUGAAGGGCUGGUGAAAGCUAUUGGGAUCUCCAACUUCAACCAUCUCCAGAUCGAGAGGCUCCUAAACAAACCUGGCUUAAAACACAAGCCGGCGGUUAACCAGAUCGAGGUCCACCCGUACCUCACGCAGGAGAAGUUAAUCCAGUAUUGCCAAUCCAAGGGCAUCGUGGUGACGGCCUACAGCCCCCUCGGCUCUCCCGACAGGCCUUGGGCCAAGCCUGAGGACCCUUCCCUGCUGCAGGAUCCCAGAAUCAAAGCCAUAGCUGACAAGUACAAGAAAACCACAGCGCAGGUUCUGAUCCGGUUCCCCAUACAGAGGAACUUGGUCGUGAUCCCCAAGUCUGUGAACCCUGAACGCAUCGCUGAAAACUUCCAGGUCUUUGACUUUGAGCUGAGCAGCGAGGAUAUGACCACCUUACUCAGCUACAACAGGAACUGGAGGGUCUGUGCCUUGGUGAGCUGUAUCACCCACAGCGACUACCCGUUCAAGGAAGAGUUUUGAGGCGAUGGUGCCCGCUCUUCCCGGGGCCCUGCCGCCACCUUCCCGCCUCCUUCCUCCUGUUUGUAGUAUGAUGCUGUGUCCCUCAGCGGCAGGGCAGCCCCCUGCGCGACCCAGUGGCGCGGGGCCAGCCUGGCCUUGGGCCGAUGGGCAGUCUCCGUAGAUUAGAGUUCUCUUCCAGUUUUCUUUGCUUUUCUUGUUCAGUUCCUGGGAAAAUAUAACCUCAGUACCCUUUUCUAAUUAAGUUGAAUCUUCAAAGUGAAAAUGAGUGCCACUAACGGGCAGGUUUUGGCUGCUCGGAACCGAUCCUUUCAGCCAGACUCCUCGUUGCCGCAAAUAAAAAGUAUUCUGCAAGCUC